GGUGGACUCCGGAGCAGCCAAUGGGGAGAGGCUUCUCCACAGGGCCCAGGCUCUUUGUCCAAUCGCGGUGAGAAGACUAUGAGGGGCCAGUUCCGAGCGGGGUAUGGAGAGCCAAUCCCGUACGGGGAUGGGUGGGGCUCGCAGUUGAGUGACGGGUCCAUUAGCCAAUGGCGAGUAUGAAAGCGGGCAGCCCGGACUAGGAGCGCGGAGGGAGCUGAGGGAGAGGGGAGGCCGAAGCGGAGAGAAGCAGGAAGUAGCGGCGGCCGCGGGGAGGGCGGCGGCGGCGGCGGCGGUGGCGGCUGGAACCGGGAGGAGGCCGCAGGGUCUCAGCCCGCACCAGGAUCGGAACAAGUCUGGGACCUGUCAUUAUGGGGGACAUGAAGACCCCUGAUUUUGAUGACCUCCUUGCUGCUUUUGACAUCCCUGACAUUGAUGCAAAUGAAGCCAUUCACUCUGGGCCAGAAGAAAAUGAGGGAACAGGAGGCCAAGGGAAGCCAGAAUCCAGUGUAGGAGGUGAUUCUAAAGACAGAGGAGCAGCAGUAGCUGCUGAGAAUGACCCUGAGAGUCCAGCUGAGGUCUCUGAUCAUGGCCUUCCACAACCACCGGACACUUCUACUGUCAGCGUCAUUGUCAAGAACACAGUGUGUCCAGAGCAGUCUGAGACCCUGACUGGGGAUUCAGGAGAGGAAGAGACCAAGGCUGGGGAUAUAACUAAGGAAGGUCCUAUAGGGUCGUGUCUGAUGCAAAAUGGAUUUGGGGGUCCUGAGCCAUCAUCUCUCUCAGAAACCCCCCAUUCUUCAGCACCUGCCAGUGGGGAUGCCUGGAAAGAAAAAGCUGGGGAAGGCAAAACAUGCUUGGACCUCUUUGCUCAUUUUGGGUCUGAACCAGGAGACCACCCAGAUCCCCUACCUCCUGAGCCUUCCCAACCUGGGGAUGGUGACAUGGCUCCACCUUCUUUCACCACCCCUUUUGAACUGGCCUCAGAAAAUGGCUCAACCUUGCUGCCUCCUACUUCUCUCUUGCCUCAGGGGGCCUUGAAACAGGAAAGCUGCAGCCCUCAGCAUUCCCAGGGCCUAACCCCGAGAGGCUCAGGCUCCAGCCCUGAGGCAGCAGGCAUCCCUGGCAGUGUCUCACCCCCGCAGGGGGCUGGGGUGUCCUUCAAGCAGUCUCCAGGGCACCAGAGCCCUCCUGCUUCCCCUGUAAAGGCGCCCAGCUGUAAACCCCUGAAGGAAGAAGAUGAGGGAACAGUGGACAAGUCUCCCCCAAGAAGUCCUCAGAGUCCCUCUAGUGGAGCUGAGGCUGCGGAUGAGGACAGCAAUGAUUCCCCUACCUCCUCCAACUCUUCUAGGCCCCUCAAGGUGCGGAUCAAGACUAUUAAAACAUCCUGUGGGAAUAUCACAAGAACUGUAACCCGGGUUCCCUCAGAACCUGAUCCUCCUGCCCCUUUGGCCGAGGGGGCCUUCCUGGCUGAGGCUAGCUUCCUGAAACUGUCCCCUGUAACUCCAACCCCUGAGGGUCCAAAGGUGGUGAGUGUCCAACUGGGUGAUGGUACAAGGCUGAAAGGUACAGUGUUGCCUGUGGCCACCAUCCAGAACGCUAGCACUGCCAUGCUCAUGGCAGCCAGUGUGGCCCGCAAAGCUGUGGUUCUACCAGGGGGGAAUGCCACCAGCCCCAAGACUAUGGCUAAGAGUGUGUUAGGUCUGGUGCCCCAAACUCUGCCCAAGGCUGAGGUGCGGACAGGGUUUAGCCUUGGGGGGCAGAAGGUCAAUGGUGCCUCAGUGGUAAUGGUACAGCCUUCUAAGUCUGCUACUGGGCCAGGCACAGCAGCUGGCUCAGUGAUCUCUCGAACCCAGUCCAGUUUGGUAGAGGCCUUCAACAAGAUUCUCAACAGCAAGAACCUGCUGCCUGCUUAUAGACCAAACCUGAGUCCACCAGCUGAGGCUGGGCUGGCACUGCCUCCAACAGGCUAUCGCUGCCUUGAGUGUGGAGAUGCCUUCUCCCUGGAGAAGAGCCUGGCACGGCACUAUGAUCGCAGAAGCAUGCGUAUAGAGGUCACCUGUAACCACUGUGCCCGUCGCCUGGUUUUCUUCAACAAGUGUAGCCUACUCCUGCAUGCCCGUGAGCACAAGGACAAGGGGCUUGUCAUGCAGUGCUCACAUUUGGUCAUGAGGCCUGUAGCCCUUGACCAGAUGGUGGGGCAGCCAGAUAUCACACCCUUGCUGCCUGUGGCUGUCCCAGCUGUUCCUGGACCUCUGGCCUUGCCUGUUUUGGGCAAGGGGGAGGGGGCUGUCACUUCCUCUACCAUCACUACAGUUGCCACUGAAGCUCCUGUGCUACCACUCCCAACAGAGCCCCCUGCUCCCCCUGCUGCCUCUGUUUACACGUCGUGCUUUCGCUGUCUGGAGUGCAAAGAGCAGUGCCGGGACAAGGCUGGCAUGGCAGCCCAUUUCCAGCAGCUGGGCCCUCCUGCGCUUGGGUCUACCAGCAAUGUGUGUCCGUCCUGCCCCAUGAUGCUCCCCAAUCGCUGCAGCUUCAGUGCCCACCAGCGCACACAUAAGAACCGCCCCCCCCAUGUCUGUCCUGAGUGUGGGGGUAACUUCCUACAAGCUAAUUUUCAGACCCAUCUUCGAGAGGCCUGUCUGCAUUUCUCUCGCCGUGUAGGAUACAGGUGCCCCAGCUGUGCAGUGGUGUUUGGGGGUGUGAACUCCAUCAAGUCCCACAUACAGACAUCACACUGCGAAGUUUUCCACAAGUGCCCCAUCUGCCCCAUGGCCUUCAAGUCUGCACCCAGCGCUCAUGCCCACCUCUACUCCCAGCAUCCAAGCUUCCUUACCCAGCAAGCCAAGCUGAUCUAUAAGUGUGCCAUGUGUGAUACAGUCUUCACUCACAAACCCCUCCUCUCCUCACACUUCGACCAGCACUUACUGCCCCAGCGUGUCAGUGUCUUUAAGUGCCCAUCUUGUCCUCUGCUUUUCGCCCAAAAAAGAACCAUGCUAGAGCAUCUCAAGAAUACUCAUCAGUCUGGACGUGUAGGGGAAGAGGCAGUUGGGAAAGGGGCUGGAGGUGCCCUCUUGACCCCCAAGCCUGAGCCUGAGGAGCUGGCCGUGUCUCAGGCAGAGGCAGCUCCUGCUACUGAGGAGUCUUCUUCAUCUUCUGAAGAGGAGCCGCCCAGCUCCCCUGAGCCUCCCCGCCCAACCAAGAGACCUCGACGAGGAGAGCUGGGAAACAAAGGCAUCAAAGGUGGGGGUGGGGGACCUGGGGGCUGGACUUGUGGCAUCUGUCACUCCUGGUGUCCUGAGCGUGAUGAGUAUGUGACUCACAUGAAGAAGGAGCACGGCAAGUCAGUGAAAAAGUUCCCCUGUCGCCUGUGUGAGCGCUCCUUCUGCUCUGCCCCAAGCCUGAGGCGCCAUGUCAGGGUCAACCAUGAGGGAAUCAAGCGAGUUUAUCCAUGCAGGUAUUGUACAGAGGGAAAGCGCACCUUCAGUAGUCGCCUGAUCCUGGAGAAGCAUGUCCAGGUUCGGCAUGGCUUACCUCUUGGGACCCAGUCUUCUGGCCGAGGUGGCUCCCUGGCUCGAGGCUCUGGUGGCAGAGCCCAGGGGCCAGGACGGAAACGCCGCCAGUCUUCUGACUCAUGCAGUGAGGAGCCUGACAGUACAACACCACCAGCCAAGUCCCUGAGGGGUGGCCCUGGGUCAGGAGGCCACGGUCCUCUGCGCUAUAGAAGCAGUGGCUCAGCAGAACAGAGCCUUGUGGGGUUGAGGGUGGAUGGUGGCACUCAGCAGUGCCUUGACUGUGGCUUGUGCUUUGCUUCCCCUGGCUCCUUGAGCCGCCACCGGUUCAUUAGCCACAAGAAGAAACGGGCUGGGGGUAAAGCCAGUGUCCUGGGGCUGGGAGAUGGGGAAGAAGAGGUUCCUCCAUUACGUUCUGAUCCAGAGGGUGGAGACUCACCUUUGCCUGCUUCUGGAGGCCCUCUGACUUGUAAGGUCUGUGGCAAGAGCUGUGAUAGCCCCCUGAACCUCAAGACCCAUUUCCGCACGCAUGGCAUGGCAUUCAUCAGGGCCCGGCAGGGAGGCAGUGGUGACAACUAGGUCCCAGGCCUCAGAUUGACCAGGCCUCUUCCCUGGGACUUGGGUUUCACUGCUGCUGUCACCUCCCUGGGCUGGGAGUUUGACAUUAACUUCUUUCUCCAUCCCUGAGGGAAAGGCUUUUGAGGAUUCUAGUGACUUGCACCCCCCUCUCUCUUGGGUUUGGCCUCUAGGUCCUACUUAAGUGGGCCCUCUUUUUCCUUUCUGAAUCCAACACUAAUGCUCCUGUUGCAGACUCCCAGUAACUGUGUGGGAGGAUGGGACCUUAACAAGCCUGCUAGACAGGUACAAGGAUGGACUGAAGGAUGUACAGGGUCUAGCUUCUAUCCUUCUACUAGAUUUCUUCAGGCACAGACCAGUAUUUUCUUCUUCUGGGCUGGGUUCUGCCCUAGUAUCCCUUCCUCCAACACUCAUUGGCACUAACACCCCCACCCCAAUCCCUGCAGUGCCUUCCAUUUGUCUUUUCCCCCCAGAAAUUUAGGGGUGGGGGUGGGGGGUUGGUGGGGAUGAGUCCUGUCAAGUAGGUUCCAGGGAGAAGAGAGGACAGGCUCUCAGGAAUCCUUUAUUCUUGUAGUAGUAAUACUAACAGUGGAAGAAACAGGAGGGAGAAAACCAGACCAUUAAAACUGCUUGUGGUUUAAUCCCCAUUCAGGCUUUUCUUUUUAUGUGAGUUGGAUAAUGUGUACUGAUAGGGAGGGGGUGAGUCAGAAACUGGGGAAGCCCUUCUCAGGGAAGAGGCAGUAUUGGCAAAGACAGAAAAAGCAAUCUU